CUCUGCCUCGAACGUCGUUGUUCGCGUCUGUCUAUUCAUCUCCCUUUUUUUUCUCCCCCCCCCUGUCUCUCGAUUUUCGUUCGCUUGUACUUCACUGAAGAUUUUUUCCCUUAGACACGCACAGCAGUACAUAUAUAUACUGUCGCGAGUGAGACGACGUCGCGUAUUUUUGGAGUACAUGUGUCCCAUUAGUGUCAGGAGUAAAUCGUUGCGAUGCACCGAGUGAACCUCGUAAAGAAUCAAGCGUCGUGAUUACCAACAGAGUAUACGGAACAAGUGACAAAAGGGUAUACACAAAUGAUAAGUGAUUGGUGCGCCGUUGAGUAUUGAAAACUAAAGGAAGAGGAGAAGAAAAAAAAAGUGCGGCUCGGAAAAGAAACUGAUCUGUACAGAUGAGGCCGAGAGCCCGAGGUGGGAUCGACGAAGACGACGACGACGAGAGUAGCAGCAGCGGCAGUAGCAGCAGAGGUCCGGUCGGUGGGCUCUGACAGGAGGGUAGCUCAGGGAAGCAGCUGCAGCUCCUCGCGGGGAGCUGGUGUGCCGAGAUAGGAGAGACAGCCCGGUGCGCACGAGUACUCGAUGGAUGAGUUCCAUCCGUUCAUUGAGGCUCUUCUACCGUUCGUGAAAUCUUUCUCGUACACGUGGUUCAACCUACAGGCGGCCAAGAGGCGAUACUACAAGAAGCACGAGAAACGGAUGAGCCUCGAAGAGGAGCGCCAGUGCAAGGAGGAACUCCAGAACGAAAAGCUGGAGGUGAAACAGAAAUGGGCGUCGCGGCUUUUGGGCAAAUUGCGGAAGGACAUUACGCAAGAGUACCGGGAAGACUUUGUCCUGAGCAUAACGGGCAAGAGGCCGGCCAUGUGCGUCCUCAGCAAUCCUGACCAGAAGGGUAAGAUGCGGCGCAUCGACUGCCUCAGGCAAGCCGACAAGGUAUGGAGAUUGGAUUUGGUGAUGGUGAUCCUCUUCAAGGCGAUUCCAUUGGAGUCGACGGACGGGGAGAGAUUGGAAAAGACUGCCGAGUGCGCCCAGCCGGGCCUUUGUGUCAACCCCUACCACAUCAACGUCUCCGUCCGGGAACUCGAUCUCUACCUCGCCAACUUUAUAACCAGCCACGAAGUUCUAAAUGGUAUCUGCAAUGCGUCGAAGGAGGAGGAGAGGCGGCGAAAAGGUGCAGGUUACCACGAGCUGUAUAACGGCGUCGUGUGCAACGACACGAUCCUCGCGACCGGCGUCUUCAGCUCGAAGGAGCUCUGGAUGCUUUCAAAAGCGUCCAUCCUGCAUGACCUCAGCGACAUGCAGCCUCAAAUAAACGCGAUCAAAAUAGAGCACCCACCGUACUACUGCAGCAGCUACACUCCGCCGUCGGCCGCCACUGCCACCGAGCACGGACAGCCUGCGGCCAGCUUCAGUCCGCCACCGGUGCACCAGCUGAUACGCAACGACAAGACUGACAAGAGCCCGGUGGUCUCGGUGUCGAGCGCCCCAACCUUCUCGCCGGUGCUGAGACCCGAGGACGGCGGCGCCCCCACCGGAGGCGGCCACCGCGGCAUGGACUCGCCGCACUCGCAAACUGGAUUGCACUCGCCGCACGAGGGCCUGGCCGGCGGCUCGGGCCAGGGCAUGUCCAGUCUGGCCUACUACCAGUCCGAGCAUCCGGGCACCGCUGGGGUCGUCAAGUAUCCGGAGAACGGCCACGACACUCUCUCGGACUUUGUGACGUUCGUCUGUCAGGAGGCCGAGAACACUCAGCAACUACCCCAGACGCAACUCGCGGGCCCGCGCUCCUCCGGCGUGCCAAAGUUUUCACAGUAUUACCCGAGCUCGAUGCUGCCCCCACCACCACCGGCGCCCAUGGCGAGGCCAGUGGCGAUCAUCAGGUCGACGGGCGAGCUUAUGGCCAACAGCGCCAACUCGCCGCCCAACCCCACGGCCUCGUCGCCCACUAGCGCGGCCGCCGCUGCCGCGGUUACCAACGACCCGACGGACCUCGGCGGCAAUGGAUCCACGGCCCAGGAUCAGAUGGCUGCGGCUGGACUGGCCUGCCAGAGCUCCGUUGACCCCAACGGACGCAAAAGCCCCGCCAGGAUCCUCGUCGCGGCGCCCCACACCAGCAGGGAGUACACCUUUGCGCACUUCCACUCGCAACCCGGGCAGUUUUACCCUCCGUUCCAGCAAAUCUUCACGUACCCGAGCAUCGGCUCGAUGUCGGGCGUGAUAUCGCCGACCAACCUGUCGCUGUUCACGUCGCCGGUGACGAGGCCCGUCGCCACCCAGAGGCCGCCCGUCACCAACAUACCGCCCCGCUGGAACACCGCACCCUUCAUCAACCUCGAGGACGAUUACAACAUGAUCGCCCCAAUAAUAGCCGGCACGGCCAGCGAGCCGCCCACAGCCAUGGAAGAGGAGCGAUACUUCCAUCCCGUCCACACGAGCAGCGUCGUCGACAAGAACGGCAACGCCGGCCUCAUGAGUACCGAUCUCGGGGUGGCCAACGAACACGCCUCCCACCACCACCAGCAACAGCAGCAACAACAACAGCAACAACAGCAACAGCAGCAGCAGGUGAUGCAGGAGAAGCUCGGCAGGCCAAAGUCUCCCCCGUGACACUGGCGGAGCGUCGGUUACGUUCUACCGGAGUACCACAAUUAUCAUCACAUUCAUCACAAUCACCACCACCACCACCACCAGCACCACCAUCAUCAGCAUAAUCGAGCGGCCGGCAGUGGUAACAGCCCCACAAGGGAUCUGUCCGAUUCGUCGCCGUCGCGCCGCUGCUGCCUCGCCAGAUAAAUCCGUUCACCCCCCCCCCCUUGUGUCUAUCUCUCUUUCUGUUUUUUAUCAUCAUCAUCAUCAUUAUUAUUUUGUUUUCGGGUUCGGCGAAAUGCAUGUGUCAUUUUUACUCGCACGCGAUACCGAAGGCCGCACCGGUGCGUAUUUGUAUUUUUUGUUAAGUCGAUGACGCGCGAAAUCGAGAAAGGGCGAGAGCCCGUCGGGCCUCGGCUUUUUGUUGUACUUAAACACGUUAUAUAUGUAUAAACCAUUGUAAACGCACACCACGAAGGGGUCGCUCUUUUUUUCAUUUAUCCCCGCACUGGCGUCGACUCGAUGGAAAUCACUGGGCCGUAUUUUUUUUUUUUUUUUCCUUCCUCUUGCGAUACGUAAUAUUUAUACUCUUGUGCCAAAAAGUUGGAGAAGGGACGCAGUGGCGGGUCUCUAUGUUAAAUUUUGACGAGUCAUUUGUUUGACCACGAAAUUUUCGAUCGAGUCGAAGUUACUUACCACGCGGGAUUUUAUUUUCGCUUGACGCGCAAACGGAGGAGCGACCACCCCCUUUUUUUUCACGAUCGCAAAAAGAGUCUUGACAGUGCCACGCAGUCUUCCAAGUCUCUCCGCUCGCAUUAUAUAUUCAUGAGGUUGUGGGUUAAUUAAUUAUAUAGCUUGUUAUGCGGCUGGCAACUUUACGCGCGUUUGAUUGUUAUUUGGUUGAAACACGAAGUAAUCGCCCGUUUAUAUAUGAUAUUCGCUGUAUUUACGAUUGAUGCCCUUAACUGCGGGUUACGAAUAAACAAAAAAAGUCCUGUUUGAUACUGAGAAUCAAAAAAAUGGGAGAUCACAAGUAUUGAAUAAGGCAGUGCCCCACACCCCUAAAGUCAAUAUAAAUCAAAAGUAGGAUAUAAAAUUUAUUAUUAAAAAAAAAUAAAAGCCUAGCGUUGUGUAUAGUCGAGGGCGGAAUAAACGUCAGUAUUGCCUAAUAAUGUUAGAUUAAUUUUUUUGUUUCUUCGCCAAACAAAAACUAUAUUUUGUACGAUGAGUGAGGUAGUAGAAAUAUACAAGCAAAAAAAUACAUAAGCAUUAACGUGUAAGUCAAGCGAGAAAAAGGAAUUUGUAUAUUAAUGCUAUGGUGAAUAUUAUGGCUAAAUUUUGCCAGCAGAGCAGGAAAUCCUAAAAGUGUUGCAAAAUAUACCAUUGACUGAUGCUCACAGGACUUUUUUUUUCUUAUCAAAAUUUCAAUUACUAAAACGUUAAUUCGUGAAUGU